GCCACGUCGACCGCGCGGGACCGUUAAAUUUGAAACUCGGCGGCUGGAAGUUGGCGCGUGAGACGGCCGGUUUGUGACAGAGUUGGUUUCGUGAUCUUUUCCUGAAGCACCGCUUUCUCACUUCGGUGGCUUUGAGGCCAGGUUCUGGAGGGAAGCCGAGACGGUCGGCAGCCCUGAGGAAAAGGAAUGCGGUAUGGCGGAGGCGAAGAAAGAAGUCGGUCCUAGUGAAGCCAUGACGGUGGAGGGAGAUGAAUGGGAGUUGAGUAAAGAAAAUGUACAACCCUUGAGGCAGGGGCGGAUCAUGUCCACACUUCAAGGAGCUCUGGCACAACAGGAAUCUGCCUGUAACAGUGCUCUUCAGCAGCAGAAACGGUCAUUUGAAUCUGAAAUUCGAUUUUAUGCUGGAAAUGAUCCUCUGGAUGUUUGGGAUAGGUAUAUAAACUGGACAGAGCAGAGCUAUCCUCAAGGUGGGAAGGAGAGUAACAUGUCAACAUUAUUAGAAAGAGCUAUAGAAGCACUACAAGGAGAAAACCGUUAUUACAGUGAUCCUCGAUUUCUCAACCUCUGGCUUAAAUUGGGGCAUUUAUGCAAUGAGCCUUUGGAUAUGUAUAGUUAUUUACACAACCAAGGGAUUGGCAUUUCACUUGCUCAGUUCUAUAUCUCAUGGGCUGAAGAAUAUGAAGCAAGAGAAAACUUCAAAAAAGCAGAUAUGAUAUUUCAGGAAGGGAUUCAACGGAAGGCUGAGCCACUAGAAAAACUGCAGUCCCAACACAGGCAAUUCCAAGCCCGAGUGUCUCGACAAUCUCUCUUGGCACUUGAAAAAGAAGAGGAAGAAAUUUUUGUGUCUUCUGUGUCACAGCGAAGCACACUAGCUGAACUAAAGAGUAAAGGAAAAAAGACAGCAAGGGCUCCAAUCAGCCGUGUAGGAGGUGCCCUCAAGAAUCCUAGCCAAAAUAGAGGACUCCAAAAUCCAGUUCCUCUACAGAUGCAAAGCAAUUGUAGAAUUAAUGUCUUUGAUGAAAAUGCUGACUUGGCUUCCAGGGCAGAGCUGUGUAAGCCUACAGUCCAGCCGUGGAUGGCUCCCCCGGUCCCCAAAGCCAAGGAGAAUGAGCUGCAAGCAGGCCCUUGGAACAAAAGGGCCUUGGAUCACAGGCCUCAUGGCAGCACAACUUCUGUGACAGCAGUACCCCCCAUGCUUCCCAGUUUUACUCCAUAUGUGGAAGAGACUGCACAACAGCCAGUUAUGACACCAUGUAAAAUUGAACCUAGUAUAAACCAUGUUCUAAGCACCAGGAAGCCUGGAAGGGAAGAAAGGGAUCCCUUCGAAAGGGUUCAGAGUCAUCAAGAACAGUCUGAGGAAAAGAAAGAGAAAGUGAUGUAUUGUAAAGAGAAGAUCUAUGCAGGAGUUGAAGAGUUUUCUUUUGAAGAAAUCCGGGCUGAAGUUUUCCAGAAGAAAUUGAAAGAACAAAGAGAAGCUGAGCUAUUGAGCAGUGAUCAGAACAUAACAGAAAUGAAGAAACAGAUUGAAGAGAUGGAGAAGAAACUAAAAGAAAUCCAAAAUACUCAAAAAGGAAGAACAGGUGAUCAGCAAGAAGAAAGAGUGCCUGCAGAGGAGAUAGCUGAACUGCAAAUUGCAUCUGAAUCUCAGGAAGUACCCAUAGUGGGUCCAUCUGGUUCUGUUGGUCCAGUGAACUUUUAUCCUGGGAAAACUUCACUUGCAGACAACAUUUGGCAAGAGCAACCUCACUCCAAAGGUUGCAGUAUACCUUUCUCCAUUUUUGAUGAGUUUCUUUCAGAAAAGAAGAAUGAAAGUCUUGCAGAUCCCCCACAGGUUCUAGCCCAACGAAGACCCCUUGCAGUUCUCAGAUCUACAGAAAACAUCACCGCAAAUGAGGAUAUGUCUCCAGAUGUUUGUGAUGAACUUACAGGAAUUGAGCCAUUGAGUGAGGAUGCCAUUAUCACAGGUUUCAGGAAUGUAACUAUUUGUCCUAACCCUGAAGACACUUGUGACUUCACUAGAGCAGCCCGUUUUGCAUCCACUCCUUUUCAUGAGAUAAUGUCUGUAAAGGAGCUCUCUUCUGAUCAUGAGAGGCUGUUGCAGGAGGAAGAUCUAGAUGCAAAGACCUCUGAGGACCAACACACUGCAUGUGGCCCUACGUAUGAUCCAAUCCUAAGCAUCAAGAAGCUAAGCCCAAUUAUUGAAGAUAGUAAUGAAACUUCUGGCUUUUCUGGGUCUUCUGCCUCAUCUGCAAGCACCUCCUCUAUCAAAAGUCUUCAGAUUCCUCAGAAGCUAGAGCUCACCAGUGAGACUACAGAAAGCCCUAUUCAAUCACCCUGGUGUCCACAGUAUCGUAGACAACUACUAAAAUCUCCCCUAGAGUUAACUGCAUCCACAGACUUCUUUGUAGAAGACAGUCCAAUGCCUAAGUUGGAGGUAGAGGAGGAAAUUGAAUUAGGUAAUGAAAAUUAUUGUAUUAAACAAGAAUACCUAACAUGUGAAGAUUACAAGUUAUUCUGGGGGGCACCAAGAAACUCAUCAGAGUUAACCAUAAUUAAGGUGUCAUCUCAGCCUGUCCCAUGGGACUUCUAUAUCAACCUCAAGUUAAAGGAACGUUUAAAUGAGGAAUGUGAUAAGUUUUGCAGCUGUUACCAAUACCAAGAUGGCUAUAUUAUUUGGUACCAGUAUAUAAACUGCUGUACCCUUCAGGAUCUUCUGCAGCAUAGUGAACUUAUUACCCCAAGAAUAAUCGUGUUGAUUAUUCAUAACCUUCUGACACUAGUGGAGAAGCUUCACAAAGCAGAAAUAGUCCAUGGAGACUUGAGUCCAAGAAGCCUGAUUCUGAGAAACAGAAUCUAUGAUCCAUAUGAGUGUAAUACGAACAGUCAAACUUUGAAGAUAAUGGACUUUUCCUACAGUGUUGACCUUAAGGUACAGCUGGACAGUUUUUCCCUUAGUGGCUUUCGGACAGUACAGAUCCUCAAAGAUCAAAAGAUCCUGACUAACUGUUCUUCUCCCUACCAGGUAGACCUGUUUGGUAUAGCAGAUAUAGCACAUUUACUGUUGUUCAACGAGCACCUACAGGUCUUCUGGGAUGGGUCCGUCUGCAAACUUAGCCAUAAUACUUCUGAGCUAAAAGAUGGUGAAAUAUGGAAUAAAUUCUUCGUGCGGAUUUUGAAUGCCAGUGAUGAGUCUACUGUUUCUGUUCUGAGAGAGCUUGCGACAGAAAUAAAUGGGGUCUUUGACCCCACAUUCCAAAGUCACCUGAACAAAGCCUUGUGGAAGAUAGAGAAGCUAAUUAAUCGUGGUGCUUUGCUCUUUCAAUAAGAUAAGUAGGUAGGUCUCAUGGAUUUCUGCCUAGAACUAGUGGUUACACUGAGGAACCCUGGUUUGUAUAGGCUGUAUUUUAACUUAGAGCACAUUCAGACACACUACCAGUACUUCUCUACUUUGGGUAAAGGUAUAUUUCUGAGUAAACAGUGAUAUACCUACCCUUAACCUUAUCUAACUGUAAUAUAGAACUGUUCUGUUCUGAAUGGAUUCCCUAAGAUAAAUACUCUAUUGUCAUAGAUCCUUCGUGGUUCUUUAACCCUUCUGUCCCCCCCUAUACUCUUGUACUCUUAUGGUUAUUACUGUUUUGUAAAAAAUAAAAUAAUAUUCGUUAAA